GUCAUCAUAGUGCGAUAAGACGAUAACCCCGCAGCUUAUCGCGUACUUCGAUACUUAAUUUUUCGACUUCUUCAAAAUGGUCUUGUUCACCCUUUAACAUUAAAAGUUAAUAGACGAAAACAUUCAUGUUUAUAGUUGACUCCUUUCCCAUCACGGUCUUCCUUUCGGUCUUUAAUUGACAUCCACAACUCGAUUUUAGCCUGAUCUUAUCUAUCUCCUCGCUGCGGGGAUUAAGGAAUCUGUUAAUAUGUCGCACCCACCCUUCAAAUCCGUGGAAGCCUCUCGGCCGCCCUGGGACUCUUCUGCGCAUCCACACUAUACGCAAACGCUCAAUCCAUCCUACACACCUGGCUCAGGCUCAUUCACCAAAACCGAGUCCGAAUCAGCGACGCACGUCAGCAUCGAUCCCUACGGACCCAACCGGCCAGCGAAUCUGAAUUACAAACUUCUAAUCAGCGCAAUCACCCCCCGACCCAUUGGAUUCAUCGCCACGAGAUCCGCAGACGGCUCAACCACAAAUCUAAGCCCAUUCAGUUUCUUCAACGUAGUCGCGACAGACCCUCCCAUCUUCGUCGUCGGGUUAGUCGGCAAGGGUGCCACGGGUGGCAAGAAGGAUACAUUGGCGAACAUCAUCGAGACCGGUGAAUGCGUGAUUAAUAUUAUAUCGGAGGAUUUCAUCGAUGCUGCGAAUAUAGCCUGUGUUGAUGCACCGUACGGUGUGAGCGAGUUCGAUAUUUCGGGAUUGACGCGUGCAGAUACCGAGGUUGUUGCUACGCCGCGAGUGAAGGAGGCUGUGUUUUCGAUUGAGGCGAAGCUUGUUGAGAAUCGGGAGUUUCAUUCAAAGACGGACCCGACGAGGGUCAGCUCGACUAUGGUGGUCGUUGAGGGCGUUCGGUUCUGGGCGAGAGAAGAUGCGCUGAAUGAGGAAAGGAGUCUGAUUGAUAUUGAGAAGUUGAGGCCUGUGGCGAGGAUGGGGGGUAUUACGUAUGCUAGAGUUACAGAUUUGUUUGAACUGCCUAGGCCAGUUUGGGGAAAUGAUUUCACGGAUGAAGAAAGGAAUCGUUUCACUGCAGGGGAUAAUAACUAGAGAUUAUGCAUUGGUUGAUGGUUUAUAGAUCAUAGAGAUUAGACGAACGAAAUGUUAAU